AUGACCACAACAAGAAGAUUCACAGCUGAUGACAUGCUCAAAUUCAACAAUGUCAACCUUGAUUACUACACUGAAACCUACAACAUUCCCUUCUACUUUGAAUAUUUGGCAACAUGGCCAGAAUACUUUUACACUGUUGAAACACCACACGACGGAACUGUAAUGGGAUAUGUUAUGGGAAAAGUGGAAGGUGAUAAACCAAGAAAGAAAUGGCACGGUCACGUAACAGCCUUAACUGUAGCACCAGAAUUUCGUCGUUUGGGAUUGGCAAGGAAAAUGAUGGAUUUAUUGGAGGAAAUUACAGAAAAGAUUCACAAAGCCUACUUUGUCGAUUUAUUUGUUCGUGUUUCCAAUAAGAUAGCUGUGGGAAUGUAUGAAAAACUUGGAUACACAACCUAUAGACGAGUGUUACAGUACUAUUCAGGAAAACAUGCAGAGGAUGGAUUUGAUAUGAGAAAGAGUACUGCACUAGAUCCAGAGAAGAAGGCCAUGAUUCCACUAGGAAGGGACAUUCAUCCUGAAGAGUUGGAUGCUACUCUAUAAAUAUAUUUGUUCUGAUAU